AUGUCUGAUACUUUAAAAUCCUUUUUGCAGCGACUCAAAACGAGCUAUUUGAGCCAAAUUGAUGGAAAAUCUACUUUAAGAAUAGUAUGCGGAAAUGAGUCGGCAGAUCUCGAUUCUGUCGUGUCCGCUAUAUCGUAUGCGUAUCUAAGUUAUGUCGAGAACCCGGGAAAUCCAAUUGUGCCCGUUUUGAACAUUCCACGCAAAGAUUUAAGGCUUAGACGAGACAUAGUGUGGGUUCUUCGAGAAAAAUCGAUUUCCGACGAUCUUCUUUGGUUCGCAGAAGAAAUCGAUGCAAUUAAGAGGCGAUUUCAAUGCUCAGUUAUGUCCAUUUUGGUCGAUCACAACGAGCUUCAAAGCAUUGCUCGAAAAUUCACAGAUGACGUUAUCGGUAUAAUCGAUCACCACGAAGAUGCCGGCUUUUACCGCGAUAUCGAGUCCAAAUUCAACGGUCCUCGAGUUAUCACGGAAACGGGUAGUUGCAGUUCAUUGGUGACCAAUUACUGGAAAACUGCUUACGAAAGAUUUCCUAGUCGUUUAAAUGAUGUUGCAUUUCUCAGUCUAAGUGCUUUGAUGGUGGAUACAUCGAGUAUGUCAUAUAAAGUGGAAAAUCCAGACCGCCAAGCAAUUGCAUUGUAUAGGGCCGUUCUUCCAUCUGAUUUCAGUCUCACAAACCUCCACACCAGAAUUCAGUACGAAAAGGACAACAUCGAGGGUCUUUCGCUCACUGAAGUGCUUAAAAAGGAUUACAAGGUGUUUGAUUUAGAGUCUGCGACCGCUGGAUCGGUGAAAUGCGGGACCAGUUCGAUCGUCAAGUCCUUUGAAUGGCUUUUGGAAAAGCAUGGGGACCAAGAGUUUCAAAGAGACGUGGACAAGUUUAUGGCCGAGAGAUCCCUCGAUGUGCUGUUAUUAUUGACACACUGGUGCGAAAAUGGGGUCCUGAACCGACAAUUAGCGUUCAUUGCGCGUGGGAAAGACCUGUCUGAGUUAUCGAAAAAGGUUUCUGGCGCUAUGACAAAACCAUUGGAUUUAGAGCCCUUGGAUGUCCUUCAAAAUGAAUUAACUCAAUUCUUUUCUCAAAAAAAUCUCAAUGCCAGCAGGAAAAAAGUCGUACCUUGUCUCAAGCAAGCGCUAAGUAGACUGUGA